CUCAUGGGCAAGUUCUCAUUUAAGAGGAGUAGCGGACCACCCCGGCGCGCGGCAGAAGCGCCUCCCCCGCCAUACCAGCCCAAUGUCUCAUCUUCGGAGGCCGGGCCGAGCACCAGUACCCCCGACUCGAGGUCUUCGCAUGAGCAACCCGUCGCGUACGAGGACGUCAAGCACCCGCCUCCCAGUGGCGACCCGCCGCCCUUCGCCUGCAUCAUUCUUGGCAACACAGACCGCAUCAGCAUCCUCCGCCUCCCGCCGCACCUUGUGCCUGCGCUCUCGGACGCCAUCGUCUCUGCGUGGCCGCAGGGCAUUAGUCGCGGCGAGGCUAAAGAGCAGGGCUGGGAGUGGAAGCUCCGCGGCAUGCCUAUGCGCGACUAUCUCGUCGCGCGACGCAUCGUGUUUGCCCUCCUCACCACUCUCUACGCGGCGGGCUGGCAUAUUCGUGGCUCGGCCAACCUUAGCAAGGAAGACCUCGGUAAAGACAGCGUGUUCCUGCGCGCCGGACCGCCAUGCACCAAGCGGUUCUUUGCCGUCGGUCUCUGCCCAUGGGAUCGCGUGCGAAUCGUCGAUCCGCCGUCCGAGGAGGUGCGCAAUGCGUUCUUGCGGGUUGUGCGGACGUGGCACAAGGGGAUCCAGGAGAUCAAGGAAAAAGACUCCGCCUGUCUCGAUAUCAAGCUUCGCGGAUCGCCCUUCGGCACCGGGGAUCGCGGAGAGCAGGCGAGCGCUCGGCUGCUGAUGCUCGAUCUCCUUGGUGUCCUGGAAACGCUGGGCUAUGAGCUUGUGGUGUGUAUGCAGCUGACGACGUCAUUCGCAGAAGAGGACGAGCAGCCGCAAACGUGGCUGUUUGCUAAUGCCGCACCGGUGUGAACCUCAAAGUAUUGAUAAUGCUACAAACUCAGGCUCUGAGUUGCUACACGCUGACCUGUGGCUUGCGGUGCUGAAGUGAAACAUAGCUCUUUCACCCACAGGCAGCUGCACUCUUGCGCAUAGCUCCCAAUCG